UCAUUUAUUUUUGCUUGUUAUACACUAAUUAUCAGUAAUUAAUCUCUGUUUAAGCUUUGUCUAAUCCAAAUUAAACUACUCUCUCAUAAUAAGCUAUAAAUAUCCUCCUUUUCAGAUACAAACUAUUUCAUUUUUUUGAAGAUGAUGUCUCCAAGGCCAAUCUCUGAGGUUCGCGGAUCGUCUAAUUUCAGGCAAACUCCUCUGCAGAUAAUCCACAUUGUUGGGAACUUCUUGAGAAUAUGGUCAGUUUAUUCCAUGUAUCGGUACCUGACCCAGACUGGAGCUUCAGUGAUACUUUUUAUCUUCAGUUGUCUGGUUCCCUCAUCUAUCUUAUUUUUACUCUUGCAAAAGCCUUGGAAGGGAAGAUCACUCUCAAAUACACAGGUGGUUCCUUCUGUAAUUAAUGGUGCUAUAACAGCUUUAUAUUUCAUCUUGUGGGGAAAGGGGCUUAAAUCUUGUGGACCACUUAGUGCUAUAUUGGCGGAAUAUUCCGGUGCUGUUCUUGGAGUAUUAUCUGCAGUAUUGUAUGGUAGAAGAGGCCAUCUCUGGAAAAAGGUUGGUGGGCUUAUUGCAAUGUUGGCAUCUUUUUAUUUCUUAUCUCAAGGCUGGGCCUUGGCAACACUUUCUCCAUUCUCAUUCAAAGACAGCCUCGAUUCAGAGGUUCAGACUGAACAAGUAUUGGGCAUGAGUAAAAUGAUGGUUCCCAUCUUGGCUGGAAUCUUAUCAGCUCUGAGAAGGGUGAUUGCAAGGCGAGUUUCACUCAAGAAUCAACUGAAAAGGCGGCUUCAUGCAAUAACCAUUGCUUCUGCAACUUCUUUUCUAUUCCCCGUGGCCAUGUGGGACUUAAUCAUAGGAUCUUCUGAUAGCAAUAUGGAACUUCCUUUUUCUGCCUGGGCUUUUCUGAGUACAGUUCUUUUUGGAAUAAUAUUGGUAUUCUACGUUGACAGCAUCGCAGAGGAGAAGUUGCAUAUGGUUUUCUCUUCUCCAAGACAUUUAAUGGCAGCUGCAGGAUGCAUAAUUGUCAUGGAGAUUGCUUACAAAAUGGACUUCUCCUUGGCAGGCUUUUUAAUUUGUUCCUCAAUAUUAGGCAUUGGGAUAUAUGAGGCAACUACCUUGGAACGUGGUAGGAAAGAUUCUCUUCAAAAACCAGAAAUAUCAAAUGGGAUGUUGGAUGAUGAACUUGAGAUGCCUUCUCUUCCGACUUAAUUUGUGCAAUUCUGUGACAAUCUAGGGUUUACGCAUGAACAAGCAAUUUUCUUGCAGCAUUUAUUGUGAAGAUGUUGAUUUUGUUACCCUUAGUUAUUGGGCAUGAUGGGUAAUAAACCUCAUUGCUUUAAUCAGUUUCCAGCCAGGUACUCCCCCUGCCCACAUUCUUUAUUUGUCAAAAUGGUAUAACAUGUGAGCCAAUCGUUGAACUGAUGGUUUGGACCCAAGUGUAGCAUUCAACAGGAUCCAUCGUUGUAAAAGUGUUUCAAAUAUUACUUAUCAUUUAUAGUUUAUAACUACCCGUUCAUAGUUUACAACUACCCAUCGGCAAGAUUAUGCUUUGUAUUUGUCCUCAAAGGAUUCUACGGAUCACUUCUACAGCUUACAGUUCAGUUUUUUUAUCAACAAAAACUCAAGUGUUAAGAGACUGGUCGUUCUAUUUUUAUCUCAGACGGCUUUUGCUAAUUGAAAAAAUUCGGUUCCUUUUGAUAGAUAA